CAUACCACAAUAGAAUAUAUCGAACCAUUCUUUCACCAAAAAGAAAAAAAAAUAAUUAAUUAAAAUUUUCAUUCACAUCACCACCAUCAUCACCAACAACAACAGCAACAACAACGUUUUCGUCCACAGAACCUGUUGCUAUUUGCGUGUGUUCGCGAUCUGCUUUCCUUGUAACGCUUAUCCUCUGACGUACGAGUUUCUGUUAAUCUGUUUAUGUAGGUAACUUGCCAAAUUGGAAGACCUAGUUGAUAGUUUCUAGUACUUGGCUAUGAAGGUUGAGCCUAAUUGGAACCAUGGUUGCGUUAGGGGUGCACUUUCUGGACUCUUGGGGUUGAAUUGAGGCUAAUUGACUGUGAUUCUGUGUUUUGUCAAUUUCUUACUGUGACUUAAUUUAGGUUAAUUGGUUGUGAGUUGUGACGAUGGAAGCUAGAUUCGGUGCAGAAGCUUAUCAUUAUUAUGGUGUGGGUGCCUCUUCUGAUAUGAGGGGUAUGGGGAAGAGGUCUGCUGAGUGGGAUUUGAAUAAUUGGAGGUGGGAUGGGGAUCUGUUCAUUGCUAGUAGGGUGAAUCCAGUGCAGGAGGAUGGGGUUGGUCAACAACUUUUCCCUCUUGUGUCCGGGAUCCCAGCGUCGAAUAGCUCUUCUUCGUGUUCUGAGGAGGUAGAUCUUAGGGAUCCCAUGGGGAGUAGGGAAGGGGAGAGGAAAAGGAGAGUUAUUGUGCUGGAGGAUGAUGGUUUGAAUGAGGAAGGAGGUACGCUUAGCUUGAAGCUUGGUGGGCAUGCUGCGGAUAGGGAGGUUGCAAGCUGGGAUGGGGGGAAUGGGAAGAAGAGCAGAGUGGCUGGUGGGGGUGCUUCGAAUCGCGCUGUUUGUCAGGUGGAGGACUGUUGUGCAGAUCUGAGCAGGGCUAAGGAUUAUCACAGGCGUCAUAAAGUUUGUGAGAUGCACUCCAAGGCCACUAGGGCACUUGUCGGAAAUGCAAUGCAAAGGUUCUGUCAACAAUGCAGCAGGUUUCACAUGCUUCAAGAAUUUGAUGAAGGAAAGAGAAGCUGUCGAAGACGCUUGGCAGGCCAUAAUAAACGAAGAAGGAAAACAAAUAAUGAAGCUGUUCCUAAUGGAAAUCCUCUAAAUGAUGAUCAAACUAGUAGUUAUCUGUUGAUAAGUUUGUUGAAGAUACUUUCAAAUAUGAAUUCUGACAGAUCGGAUCAGACUACAGACCAGGAUCUACUGACUCAUCUUCUAAGGAGUCUUGCUAGUCGGAAUGGUGAACAAGGGGGCAAUAACUUGUCUAACAUUUUGCGAGAACCAGAGAAUUUGUUGAGAGAAGGGGGUUCAUCUAGGGAGUCAGAGAUGGUGCCAACUUUACUCUCCAAUGGUUCUCAAGGCUCUCCAACUGAUAUAAGACAACAUCAAACUGUAUCUAUGAAUAAAAUGCAACAAGAAGUGGUGCAUGCACAUGAUGCUAGGGCUACUGAUCAGCAGCUCAUGUCUUAUAUAAAGCCCAGCAUUUCAAACACUCCUCCAGCUUACGCAGAAGCCAGAGACAGUACCGCUGGACAAAUCAAGAUGAAUAAUUUUGAUUUGAAUGACAUAUAUAUUGACUCAGACGAUGGCAUAGAAGAUCUAGAAAGAUUGCCUGGAACUACUAAUCAUGUCACUAGCUCUCUUGAUUACCCAUGGACACAACAAGAUUCCCAUCAGUCAAGUCCACCUCAGACAAGUAGAAAUUCAGAGUCUGGAUCUGCCCACUCCCCUUCUAGUUCCACUGGAGAAGCUCAGUGUCGCACAGAUCGUAUUGUUAUCAAACUCUUUGGUAAAGAGCCGAGUGAUUUUCCUCUUAUACUUAGAGCACAGAUUCUUGACUGGUUAUCACACAGUCCUACUGAUAUUGAAAGCUACAUACGACCUGGUUGUAUUGUUUUGACAAUUUAUCUGCGCCAGGCUGAAGCUGUUUGGGAGGAAAUUUGCUAUGAUCUGACUUCUAGUUUGGGUAGGCUACUGGAUGUCUCAGAUGAUACUUUUUGGAGAACUGGAUGGGUUCACAUCAGGGUGCAGCAUCAGAUGGCAUUCAUUUUCAAUGGUCAAGUUGUCAUCGAUACAUCACUACCUUUCAGAAGUAACAAUUAUAGCAAGAUUUUGACUGUUAGUCCUAUAGCUGCACCAGCAUCAAAGAGAGUUCAAUUUUCCGUUAAGGGUGUCAACAUGAUACGCCCUGCCACGAGGUUAAUGUGUGCUUUAGAAGGGAAAUAUCUGGUCUGUGAAGAUGCUCAUGAGUCGAUGGAUCAAUACUCCGAGGAGCUUGAUGGACUUCAUUGCAUCCAGUUUUCUUGUGCUGUCCCUGUAACAAAUGGAAGAGGAUUUAUUGAGAUUGAGGACCAGGGUUUGAGUAGCAGCUUUUUUCCUUUCAUUGUUGCGGAGGAGGAUGUUUGCUCAGAUAUCUGUGGGCUUGAGCCUCUACUAGAAUUAAGUGAAACUGAUCCAGAUAUUGAAGGGACUGGAAAGAUUAAAGCCAAAAGUCAAGCUAUGGAUUUCAUUCAUGAAAUAGGUUGGCUCCUUCAUGGAAGCCAGUUGAAAUCUAGGAUGGUUCACUUAAGCUCCAGCACAGAUCUCUUUCCAUUGAAACGGUUCAAGUGGCUCAUGGAGUUCUCUAUGGAUCAUGAUUGGUGUGCAGUAGUGAAAAAACUGCUGAACCUACUGCUUGAGGGAACUGUCAGUACAGGAGAUCACCCAUCCCUGGAUCUAGCACUUUCAGAGAUGGGUCUCCUUCACAGAGCUGUAAGGAGAAAUAGCAAGCAGUUAGUGGAGCUGCUUUUGACAUACGUUCCUGAAAAUAUCUCUAAUGAAGUAAGACCUGAAGGCAAAGCACUGGUUGAGGGAGAGAAACAGAGCUUUUUGUUUAGACCUGAUGCUGCCGGUCCUGCUGGUUUAACACCCCUUCAUAUAGCAGCUGGGAAAGAUGGUUCUGAGGAUGUACUGGACGCUUUAACUAAUGAUCCUUGCAUGGUGGGAAUUGAGGCAUGGAAAAAUGCUCGUGACAGCACAGGCUCCACACCUGAGGAUUAUGCGCGUUUACGUGGCCACUAUACUUACAUUCACUUAGUGCAGAAAAAGAUUAACAAGAGACAAGGAGCACCUCAUGUGGUGGUUGAGAUUCCCACAAAUCUGACAGAAAACGACACAAACCAGAAGCAAAAUGAGUCGUCCACUACCUUUGAGAUUGCGAAAACCCGUGACCAAGGGCACUGUAAACUUUGUGACAUUAAAUUAUCUUGUAGAACUGCAGUUGGCAGGUCUUUGGUAUACAAACCUGCAAUGCUCUCCAUGGUGGCAGUAGCAGCAGUCUGUGUCUGUGUGGCCCUUCUGUUUAAAAGUUCACCUGAAGUUCUUUACAUGUUCCGACCCUUCAGUUGGGAAUCGUUGGAUUUCGGAACAAGCUAAGGUUUAUUAACUUGCACCUUUAAUAAAACUCGAUAGGUGUUGUAUGAGGAUGUUGUAUUCAUAGGCUGAAUAACCGAGAUUUCCUGUAGGACCGGUUCUCUGUAUUGGCUAAACUGUGCUAUAUUACACGUAUUUGUUAUCCGUCAAUGGACUGUCUUUGUACAACUUUGUGCAAUGUAUGUGGACGCAACAUUUUAUGAAAGUUGAAGCACUCUGUUUAGGAUC